AUGGCCGCUACCGCGACCUGCUCGACCCGAGUAUCAACCGUCCUGGCGGCGACUGCGCGCCGCCUGGAUCAGUAUCGACGCGGCCCGUCCGUCGUAUCCGCCGUGUCCCGACCGGACCGCCACGAUUCGACCGUCGACGCGUCGAGAUGGAGCAGACGUGGCGCCCUUUUCUCGAUGGUUGGCACCGCAGCGUGGGCGCGAUCCCCCCGGCCCGCGCUAGCCGAGCCGUCCGCCGAGGGCGUGGGUAAGCCCCUCAGGCCCUUGAAAGAGUAUCGCACCGCCCUCGAUGGCGCCGUCUCGGAGCUCGACGCCGUCUGCGCCGAGCUGAGGGCAGCGGCGGGAUCGACCUCAUCGGUGGACGAGUUCGACGUUCCAGCCUACGCCGCUCCCCUGGAUGCGGUCACCAGGGCGUCCAUCGCGCAUCGCCUGCACGUGGACGAGCUCGGCGCUUUUUGGGUCACGUCGCGGGGCACGGACAGGUACAUGGCCGGGGAACGAUCCCCGUUCGCGCGAGACAGAGAGGAUCUCUGGAAGCUCCUCCCCGAGAAGUCCGGUCCGCUCGGCAAGCUGCUCCAGCCGGACUUUGACAACCCCGACGACCCGCUCUGUCUGAUUUACUCGUGCGUCAACGACCCGCGCGCGCCGCCGUCCAUCGACGUGCUCUACUCCCUCAAGCUGCUGGACGAGGGUUUGAACACCGAGGGCGUCACCGCGGUUGGCUUGCUGUCCAACGCGGAGGACUGCGCGGAUAAGGCGCGGCGGUACGUGAAACUGGUGGACGAGACGGCGGACGGGUCGCUUCGGGACGAGGGGUGGAGGAACCCGGCCAAGUCGAGCAGUUGGCACCGGGUCGGGAUCUGA